GUUACAGGCAUGUGGGCUAUUAUUCUUGACGACAAAGCAAUGGGGACACUAGGAUUUGGGACUUCGGAUAUGGCGUUUUUUGCUUUGAUGCCAUCGGACGAAGCACAGCAGUUAGAUAUGACUGGCAAGCUUUCCCUCUCCACCGAUUCGGAAGAAUCUUUCUCUUUCGCGACCAAACGGUUCAAAGAUUGCCUCCAGAACCAUGAGAAGUGCAAAAGAUGGGGCGAGUCUGGCUGGCUGCCCUCACGGCUUAUGUGCCUUGAUGGUAUUGAAGAACAUCAAACCGUGCGUCUUGUCUUAUCCAAGGACAUAACACCUGAGCCUUAUGUCUCAUUGAGUCACUUUUGGGGUUCAACCCAGUGCCUCAGCUUGACCAAAUCGAACUUCGAUACAUUUCGCCACGACAUUCAAAUGUGACAAUUGCCAAAAGUUUUCAGGGAUAGCUUCUAUGUUUCACUCAAACUAGAGGCUCGAUACAUUUGGAUCGACUCAUUGUGCAUCAUUCAGGACGACUCCGACGACUGGCUGAACGAAGCGUCUCAAAUGGACGAGGUCUACACGAAGUCGCUUUGCAACAUCUGCGCCACGGGGUUUGAGGAUUCUUCACAUAGCCUGUAUGUUUCACGUGAUCCU